CGGCUCAGCAACUGUGCCGGGAAAAGUUGCUGUCACUGUGUCACUUUUGAUUUAUUACAGUAACGUUGACAAUUUAGCUGUUUUCAUUAACCACCAUGAGGCGUUCGACACGUUUGAGAAGCACAGGUCAGAAUGCACAAGAAAGUGAAGACGUCCAGUCAAAAACAGCGUGGCAGUGGAAAGGGGAUGAAGGACAGUGGGAACCGUAUGCGCCCUCCGCCUGCGCCUUGCUGGACUCGGCCGUCUCUUCGGGGCAGACCUCCGUCACUCUGUCUCUGGGCUCUGGGAGGACCUACGAGGUCGACCUGAAGAAGAUGGUCCAGAUUAAUCCUGUCACCAAGUACAAGAGGAAGAUUCGCUCUCAGACUGUAAAACUGGAGAGUUUGAAUGACGUUGAUGACUUGACUGCUCUCGGUGGUGGACCAGUUCAAGUUAAAGAGGAGGAGGAGCAGGAGGAGGAGACAAAAGAACAGCCUGCAGCUAAGAGGAAGAGAGGACAAAGCAGGACUCAGACGAAACCUGAAGAAAUGCCCAAAGAGGACGCAAAAGGCAAAGAGGUUGUGAGGACGGUGGUCAUGAAAGGAAAAGCCCCAGUGGACCUUGAAUGCAAAGCCAAAGUGGGAAAGGCUCAUGUUUACAGUGAAGGAGGUGAUGUUUACGACGUGAUGCUAAAUCAGACGAAUCUUCAGUUUAACAACAACAAAUACUACCUGAUGCAGCUGUUGGAAGAUGACAGCUCCAAGGCUUACAGCGUGUGGUUUAGAUGGGGCAGAGUGGGAAAAGUGGGCCAAAACAGCCUGACAGGCUGUGGUGGAGACCUGCUGAAAGCCAAAGAUAUCUUCAAGAAAAAGUUCUUUGACAAGACCAAGAAUGAGUGGGAACACCGAGCGAGUUUUGACAAAGUAGCUGGAAAAUACGACAUGGUGUUCAUGGACUACAGCACAAACGAAGAGGAGGAGAAGCAGAGCACAGAGGACGCCGCACCCAAAAAGAGGACAUCCAAGUUGGAUGUGAAAAUCCAGUCCCUGCUGGAGCUGAUCUGUGACCUCAAAGCCAUGGAGGAGUGUGUGCUGGAGAUGAAGUUUGACACCCGGAAAGCUCCUCUCGGUAAGCUGACCUCAGAGCAGAUCCGUGCAGGCUACACAGCACUGAAGAAGAUCGAGGACUGUUUGAAGAAGAAGGGCAGCGGUCGUGAGCUGCUGGAAGCUUGCAACCAGUUCUACACCCGCAUCCCUCAUGACUUUGGGUUGAAAACCCCUCCAGUCAUUCGUACAGAAGAUGAGCUGAAGGAAAAGAUUGCACUGUUGGAGGCCCUGAGCGACAUCCAGAUAGCAGUGAAAAUGGUUAAAUCCAGUGAGGACAGUGACGAACAUCCUCUGGACCGACAGUACUGCUCCCUCCACUGCCAGCUGCAGCCUAUGGACUCCAGCAGCCAUGAGUACAAGGUGGUAGAAAAGUAUCUGCAUUCCACUCACGCCUCCACACAUUCUGACUACACCAUGACCGUCCUCGACAUCUUCUCGGUGGACAGAGACGGGGAGAGAGACAAAUUCCUCUCGCAGUUACACAACAGGACUCUGUUGUGGCACGGCUCCCGUCUGUCAAACUGGGUCGGCAUCCUCAGUCAGGGGCUUCGAGUGGCCCCACCUGAAGCCCCCGUCACAGGUUACAUGUUUGGCAAAGGUAUCUACUUUGCCGACAUGUCAUCAAAGAGUGCAAACUACUGCUUUGCCAGUCAGAGCAACAACACUGGACUGCUGCUACUGUGUGAGGUCGCUCUGGGAGACUGUAACGAGCUGCUGGAUGCCGACUACGAGGCCAACAAUCUGCCGGCUGGAAAACACAGCACCAAGGGCCUGGGACAGACCGGACCUGACCCCAAAAACUCUGUCACUCUGGAUGGUGUGACUGUGCCAAUGGGGCCCUGUGUGAAGACGGGGGUGGGCAAACGCAACAGCUACUCCCUCCUCUACAACGAGUUCAUCGUUUACGACCCGGCGCAGACUCGCAUGAGGUACCUGCUGCGCGUCGGGUUCAACUACUCCUCGCUGUGGUGAGGCUGCGAGCGAGCAAAGCGGAGAUGACACAUCACUCAGUCAUUCUUCAGGUGCAGUUAGAAUCCCUGGCAGCUAUUUUGACAAUCAGUUUGCCAUUUUAGUCAUCUUUCAAGCAAAAAGUUUGCCAAAUGUUAUGUGGGUGCAGCUUGUCAAAUGUGGGGACUUUCGGCUUUUCUUCAUGUCUGACAUGUUUGGGUUUUGAAUUGUUAGGCGAAUAUUACAAUAUUACAAACUAUUUUAAUACAUCGUCUCGGGCUGUGGAAAAUUAUAGCUGACAUUUUUCACUAUAUUCUGAUGUUUUUCCAGCAAAACAACUAAUGGCUUUAUUGUGUUUAUGUGGCUUUUUAAUUUCAAUAAGACAAACAGAACUGCUUCUUCGUGUUGUACUCACACAGCAUUUCAUCUUUGUUCUUUUUGAGUCAGAAAACGACUCUCAUGUCACUCCAUGUGAUACAGUUAGAGGAAAAUAUGUUGAACAUUUUGUACUAUUUUUUGUCCAUGUUUUGCUUUCUAUCAUGUACGACCUUAUAUGAAUGUAAACUGUAUUGUAAUGUAUAUUUAAUAUGACAAUUCAUAACAUUUUGGUUUCAUUGUUGGUGCUUCCUGAAACACAAAUGACUUUGUUGAUUUAUUGGAUUUUGAGACUUUAAUGGAAUAACAUAAAGAUUUGGAAGGUCUUUACACAACAUGAGCGUUUACACAAAAUAAGUAACGAAAUGUUACUGAAUGUGUCAAAAAAAACUAGAAUUUGGAUGAGUUCAUGUGGCUCAGUGAUUCCAGUCCUCGUAUGAGUGUGAAAACAAAUGCCAUACAAGAGUUUUAUAUUCAUUUUUACUUAAAACAAGAGACAAAAAUAAGAUUCAAAACACUUAAAUUCAUCCGUUCAUUGUCACUUACAGCAGGAUGCACUUUCAGUAUAUACAGGACAGCAGAAACAUAAUAAAGGAUAUUUUCAUUGUG